GCUAGGUGUAAUACAUUUAUUUUGUAAAACAUUUAUUUUAAAUUCUAAGUCUGGCAAUGAUUUUUCAAACUAAUUCAUACAAUCCACAAUUGUUAAAAGUCAAACCUAAUAAAGACUACUUCAUAAACGUAAUGAACUCAUCUAAAACAGUGUUUCACUGAAACAUUGUUAAACAGACAAACAAUACUUAUUAUAUUACUAAUAUUCGGAGCGGACGCGCGCAGACGCCUGGUCUAUAUUUACCCCGACGCGUGCGCAUCACAGUUACAAACAUCUCACAAAAUUGUGAAAGAGAGCCGCUACGCACGUCUGGUGUUAGUGAGACGAGUGAUUCAGAGUAAAUAAGUCUAUGUCUAGCUGGUUGAGCUGUUGUUUUAAAAAGUGACAUAUUAGUGACAGUUAAUGUGAAAAAAGGAGCUUUUAUAUCUAAAAGAAGAAAGUGAAACAUACGGAACUUUAAAAAAACGCGACAUAUUUGAAUGUAAACUCAAUAAAGGAUCAAAAAGUGUCAUUAUAAAUGUUCAUAAUUGAGUAAAAAGUGCAAAAUUUGGCGUAUUUCUCCGCAUUAACGUAUUUGAAACGGAUUAAGAAAAGUGGCACGUUCGGAAUUUAAAAACGGGCAAAUUUAGAUUGCGGAAGUGAAACAUAAUUUACCAAAAUGGUUAAAAGUAUUUGUGUGAAAUGCGAAGAAAAUGAAUGUGUACGAGAUUGAGGAUGUGAUAGUGUUAUUUGUACAAUAGACAAACAAGUUCUAUAUAAAGUUUAGUUUGUGAUGAAAUAUGUUCGGAAAUCUCAAACUACCCAUAAUAAAGCAGAAGAGCAAGGAAGAGCCCCUGUAUUGCUACAGAAGUGUAAAGACAAAGCCGCCGAAGACACCAACUUUGCGUUCGAAGAGACAUCAAAGACGUCGUUCCGAGCCCGGCAUCGUCCCGUCCAUAGUCGGAUUCGCCAAAGACUCAGUCGCUCACGAAUCGGACCGACUGGCUCCUGGCGAUCGAAUCUGCAGCGUGAAUGGGAUCUCCACGGCUCGGCUUACCAAUGAAGAGGUGCUUCGGUUACUCGAUAAUGUGGAGGAGCGAGCGUCGCUGGAGGUGGAAUACUAUAUGCCUAAUUAUGCAUCACAAAACUCGCUAUACAUCACGACAAAGCUAGCAGAGGUACCGAUGGAGAAAAUCAAUGGCUCUCUCGGUAUAACCAUCCGAGGAGGUCUACCUGAGAACUCUGGGAGCGCAGACCUGGUGCUGAACAGCCGGUCUUUGGACGCGCAGCCGCUGGUUGUGACGCACGUGCGGCCGGGAGGUGCCGCGUAUAAUACGUCCAGGGUCAAGCCAGGCGAUCGGCUGCUCAAAGUGGACCACAUCUCCCUUACCAACAAGACCCUCUCAGAGGUCCAUCAGAUCCUCCAAAACUGCCCUCAAAUGACCAGCCUGACUAUAGAAUACGACGUUUCUAUCAUGGAAUCCGUGAAGCUUGCUACUGGACCUCUUCUGAUAGAGAUAGAGAGACCGUGCAAUGAGGAUUUGGGGUUAUUCCUAGCCAACCAUAGGUACUCUGACGACGUGUACAGUUCAGGAUCCGACACGUAUCAGAGGGUCGGGAGCUGCAAUGCUGUCUAUAUUGACAGUAUAUUGCCGGCCAGUAUAAGUGACAGAUGUGGUGCCCUUCAUCCCGGAGACCAGAUCCUCGCCUUUGAUGACCACGUCAUCGACGGCAACAACUACACAGCAGAGGAGGUCAUGUGUUAUCUUGAAAAUUGUGAACAUGGAGUGACCAGGCUACAUGUGGCACCCAGGCAUAUAGCUCUUGGCGGGUACACUAGAGAAAAUUCUCUAUCUGGAACUUCGACAUUGAAUGCCAAGAAACAUCGCCAAAGGAACUACAGACAAAGCUCCAUGCCUAAACUAGGUUUACAAGAUGAUUACGACAGCCAACAGAACUACAUGAGCAUGGGCGUCUGCCGAACAGACUCCCUGAAUAUCCAACUAGAGGUUCCACCAGGACACAGCAGCGGUUUAGCCGUCCAUGAAGAGAACUGCGCACUCCUCAUAUCACAUGUCGCCGCGCAGUCACCCGCUUACAGAUCCGGCUGCCUCCAAAUACGAGAUCGAGUGAUGUCGAUCAACGGCCACGAGAACUUAACCCUAGACAUUGCCAACGAGAUCCUACAACGACGGAACGAUUCGCACAACCCAAAGUACCUAACUUUGAACGUCGAGUUUAGUAUGCCGAACACUAUUGAGGCAUCUAGUGGGGUAUUCAAUGUGAAGUUGGCGAAGACGACGGCGGGACUCGGUGUUACUAUUACUGGUUGCAAACAGAAGCUGUUAAGCAACGAAGAGCCAAUGGUUAUAUCAGACAUAAAACCGGGCUCCGUGGCGCACCGCAGUGGGGCCUUAGCGCCCGGAGACCAACUGUUGGCGAUCAAUGGACAGCCUCUGCACAACCUGUCUUUAGACACUGCGUUCAACAUUCUUCAAAAUUCUCCAGACGAUAUAAUUACUCUCAAAAUAAGAAAGCGAGACCUUACAGAAGAUUGGUCUAAUAUUCAUAGGCACAACGCAAAACUAGCUUUACAGAGCUUCAGUAAUAUAGAAAUUAAAGCAGUAGUACACAACGGUGAUGAUUCAGGGCACCACACUGAUAGUCCUAAUAACAGUGCGAAAGAAAGUGAAAGAAGUCACGGUAGUAAUGAAAAUACAGCAGUUUUUACUGUUGAGUUAAUCAAACAAGAAAAUGGACCUCUUGGUUUGACUAUUGCUGGAAGCGAAGAUAUAACUCAGCCAAUAUUACUCAGCGGACUUGUUGAAGGUGGUGUGGCAGAAAAAUGUGGAAAACUAGCAAUAGGUGAUGAACUACUAACAAUAAAUGGAGAGAGUGUUUUAAAUAAGCCCCUUUCAGAAGCCAUUAAAUUGUUACAACAGAGUGGCCAGAGAGUGCAAUUACAGCUGUGUAGAAAAAUGACCGGUUCGGUAGAGAGUGCAGAAUCCAGUGCAAGGGAUUCCAGCCACUCAACCUCUAGUCCUGGUCUAUCCAAUGACAGCGCUGUUGAAUCCUGGGAUCAAAACACGCCUGUCAGAUCUAGCGCUAGUUGUGUUUAUAUUGUAGGUAACUCCGAGGUCAUAGAAUACGCUGUACCUGACAAAAAUAGACUCACCGAAAAGCAACCAUAUUCACCCACCGAUGAAGAUAAGUUGAUGGCAUCAAAUUAUAACUCUGUUGCACCAUUCGGAGUAAAUGAUCUGCCUCUUCCGAAUUAUUCACUAAACAAUUCUCUGAAGACCUUUCAUUAUGAAAACACUUGCAUAAUCCCAGAAAAUACGUUGAAAAACAAACAACAUAUAACUAGAGAGGAUGAUGUACAACAAAUAGAAAUACUUACUACUAAUAUGAAGGAUUGUCAGUUGCAUAAUAUGGAAAAGGCUUCUUGCAAAUGUGACUAUGUACAAAUGGCCCCAUAUGGCAUUGUAUCGCCUAAAAGCAGAAGGCCUAACUGGGAUAAUGAUUACUUAAAUAAUGGAAUUUAUACAGUAACGACUCCACAAAAAUCACCUUUGAAACCAAAUGUACCUGGAACGAGUUUUCAAUUUUCUACGAGUCCCGUUUAUGAGAAUGAUGUGCCGAGUCUCUACAGUAGCGAUACCCUUUCUCCCGCCAAAGGCUCCAUCCACCACGUCAUUCUGUACAAAGACGCCAUUUACGACGACUACGGGUUUUCCGUGUCCGAUGGAUUGUACGAGAGGGGUGUUUACAUCAAUCGGAUAAGGAAGGGAGGUCCGGCUGACAUUGUUGGACUGUUGAGGCCUUUUGAUAGGAUUUUGCAGGUAAAUGGAACCAGGACGGUGGACUAUGACUGCUGCCUCACAGUACCACUUAUCGCAGCGGCAGGCGACCGGCUUGAGAUCGUUGUACAACGACUUGCUUCCUCGCGAGACCUAAAACUCCAGAGGUUGGAUGGAAGUUCAAGUCCAAGUGACAGUAACAUAGUGACUAAGACCAUUUAGUGCAUAACUCGGCUGUAGUGAACUUACACCAAAGGCCUUGACAAAGAUAAUUUUAAAGACAAUCGUAAUACAGUGUUUAGUUAUAAUAUAUGUAGUGUAUAUUAAAAAAAAUAGAACAAACUUAUUAAUAUUGGUAUAAGUACCAGCAAAUAGAAACACGAAGUGUGUGAAGACAGAAAGAAAAUUAACGAAUAGAAAAACAUCAGGGUUUUAACUGAUUAUAAAAUACUUAAUGUAGUUAAAAUUAAACAUAUAAUUUUUAAGAUUGUAGAUAGAUGGUGAUGCAAUCACCGCUUUGUCGAUUUAGUGAAAUAUGAAUAGAUAGGAAUGUGUGUUGGUAUGUUGAUGUGUAAAAUUGUUUUUUAAUCCCGUAUGUGCCUACAUCAUUUUUUGUACGAGGAUCAUGCAAAAAACUCGCUGUUUAACCCAGAUCCUGCUAAAGCUGUAGAUUUAUGAAUAUAUUGUAUAUUAUUUUAGGUACUUCAAAUUCUAAUCUGAAAAAAGAACAGCAUUUUUACGAACAUGUGAAUUAAGUCUUGAUAUGACAAAUUUUAGGUUAAACGUUUUUCAAGCGCCAGUUUUUUUCAAGCGAAUCUUGCCAAAUGCAAGCCAUCAUGCAAAAUAUUGCCCAAACGGAGCUCAUUCGAUUUAGGCCUCAUGUUUUUUUUAUAAAAUUAGAUAGAUAUAUAGAUAAAUUACAUUAGGCCGAUCGCGCCGCCGGUUUCCGAGCAGCACGAUCAAAAUGUAUAGACUUGAAUGAAUCUGUAUUGGACGACAGUGGCGGCCGCUUGCCGCUCCGUCCGCCGCCCCGCUUGCUGCGCCGCGCGUCGCGUGCGUCCAGUCCGUGGCCUCUCUAACAAAAACAGAUGUUUGGGCAGAUGUAGUAAUGGAUGAAUUAAUUGAUGUGAUUAACGUGUAGAAUAAGGUCAGGAUCCUAUCCGAUGGCCCAAGUAAAUUUAAACAAACAUUAAUCUUUGAAGUCAUAAUAUACUGUGCACUGACUACAUUUAUGAGGAAUAGAUAUUUCCUUACAAAAAGACCUGAUUCGAUUGCUCUUAUUGCUAACAAUCUGUUCAUACGAUACAGAGAAGACUUGCGAUGGUAUUAAAUAUAAAAUAUCAUAAAUAAAAUAAGCCAAUCGAGAAAGGUAACCCGUCACCUGUUUGCUUGGAAAAUAUAUUAUGUUAUAGCCAAUGUUUUGCAAAAAAAAAUUGAAAUCUGAUAAGUUAUAAUUUAAACAAAAGCGGCCAAGUGCGAGUCGGACUCGCGCAUGAAGGGUUCCGUACCAUUUAAGACGUAUUAAAAAAAAUCUACUUGCUAGAUCUUGUUCAACAUUUUACCCCUUUGGACACACAUUUUACCACUUUGGAACUGUCUCUCGCGCAAACUAUUCAGUUUAGAAAAAAAUGAUGUUAGGAACCUAAAUAUCAUUUUUGAAGACCUAUCCAUAGAUACCCCACACGUAUG